AUGUGGGACGGGCUGUUUAUGCUGCUCGCACUGAGCACCGUCAUGGGCAUUGCCUCCUUCCUUGCCGGCAUCCUCCCGCUCUCCUUCAACCUCUCCACGCGCCAGCUGCGCAUCCUCACCCUUCUUGGCACCGGCGUGCUGGUGGGGACGUCGCUGAUCGUCAUCAUACCCGAGGGCAUCGAGACCAUGUACAGCUCAGGAGCCAAGAUGCAUGCGCACUCACGCUCGCGCAGUGUGCGCAGUGUCGCCCACUCUUCCGUUGUACCGGCAAGGAAUCUACACCGAGACUUGGCCGAUGCACCCGAGUUCCCAACGUGGAAGCGAGCAGACGCGGCGGAGAGGGAAGCAUUUGGCGCAAGAGUAGCCAGAGCACCCGCUGGCGUGGACAUGAGCAACGACAAGACUGCCAUUGAAGUGCAGAUGAACAAGAUAAAGCACACCAAGGAGGCAGAGACGCCCGCCGAAGACCCACACCCGCAAAAGGGAGGAGACGACGACUCGACAGAAGGCCACAAGGAGGGACACACUCGCGUCCACGCACCGGAAGACGAAGAGGAAAAGCACGGCCAUGCUGAGGUUGGCCACAACGACAGGCCCAGCCCACAUGCGUACAUUGGAGUUGCGCUGAUCCUGGGCUAUAUCCUCAUGUUCCUGGUUGAACAUCUGCCAGAAGCCCUGGCCUCUACAAAGCCAGAUUACCAGCCCAUGCACAUUUCCUUGUCCAACUUGGCGCGUGGGCCCCAUAAUUCUUCGUCGUUGAGUGUGAACGGAAUGGGCAUGCAGAGCGCGGCUGUCACGCCUCUAGCAACGCCCGGUCUUCCCCCGCAGCCCUCGAAAAAGACUCCAGCAGCCACAAUUGGUCUCGUGGUUCAUGCGUGCGCCGACGGAAUUGCCCUGGGCGCUUCGUCCACGGCCGAGUCGACAACUCUGUCAUUGGUCAUCUUCUUCGCUAUCAUGCUCCACAAGGCGCCUGCUGCGUUUGGCCUUACCUCUGUGCUCCUCAAGCAGGGACUCUCUAAGCGCAAGGCACGGACUCACCUCGCCUUCUUCAGUUUAGCCGCCCCUGCUGGUGCCCUGGCUACCUGGGUCAUUGUACACAUGUUUGGGCGCAACCAUCUAGGAGGCGAUGAAGGGCUCACAUGGGCAACGGGCUGGGUCCUGUGUUUCUCAGGAGGGACGUUUCUAUACGUGGCGAUGCACUCCAUGGCCGAGGCAACAAGCUCAACCCAUGCACAUGACGACCCAACAGCAAACGGCUACAUGGACGCCUACAUGGGCAGCACGCGCAUGUCCAAGACCGACAUCGCCAUUGUCAUGCUUGGCAUGCUACUGCCCCUCGUGACACAAAUAGGCCACGCCCACUCGCACGGCCAUUAG